UCUGCGGCUAGAUCGGAGGACGGUAACGGUAACGGAACGGGCAUUAUCUAUCUUGGAAUAUUUGAUUCCUCCUCAGAGAUCGAGCGAGCGAGCGACAGAGAGAGAGAUAACCGGUUGAAUGUCGUGUGACCAGCUCUCUCUCGACAGUUGAUACGUUUUUUUUCCAGUUCUCCUUUUUUGUGUGGGAGUUUGUCUCUAGUGUGGCCCAACAGACGCCAGAGGGCGCUAGCCUGGCCGGUAACGGUACACAAGAAGCAGCAGCAGACGAGAGAGAGAGAGCGUGAGCGAGAGAGCGAGAGAGAGAGUGAAAAUACUUCUGUGUCAUGUGUGAAAUUCCAAUUUCUGAUUUGUGUAUCGAGCGAUAAGCAGCGUAUCAAUCGAUAGUCGUGCGUGAGUGAGUGAUAGAAAGAGAGAGAGAGAGAUCGGGAGAGCGAGAGAGCGGCACAACGGAGUAUUUCAGCAGGAGGAGGAGGAGGCUUCUCCAACGAUCGAGCGUACCGGAAUUCCUACAAUUUACGUUUUCUCAAUGUCAAAUCGAGCGUUCGAGCGUUUUCUGCUGUAACCUGGUGGCGGGCCCGGCGAUAAAUCGAUUGGUUGUGCGCGUGUUAUCGAUGACAAAAUGGUAGCCGGCGACAGGAUUGCGGCCAAGGACGAGGGGGCGUAAACAAUCCGAUCGCAACCGCCGGACGACGCUGUGGCCCCCACGCAUGCAGCCAGUGGCGCCGCGGGGGCCCGCUGCACAUUGUGGUGCACAUCGGUGGUGCGGUGGUGCACUGUGGUUUGCCUGCUAUCCACACUAACGCUUCUCCAGCCGGCAGCAGCUCCAGCCCCAGCCCAAGCCCUCGCGGUGCCAAUGCAGCAGAGGCGGCACGGCCACGUGCAGCACCAGCAGCAGCACCAGCAGCAGCACCAGAGUGUUGCAUACUUGUGGGCGUCCAGAGUGCAACAGCAACAAGCCCAGCAGGGAAAGGGGCAGCAGCAGCAGCAGCAGCAGCAGCGGAAGCAGGAAAGCGGCAACAAGUGUCUGACAUGCCCCCAUUCGAUACGGCAUUCGAUAUUGAAUCCGUUUCCGUAUCCGUUUUCGUCUCCGUAUCCACCAGAUCCGAGUGCUGGAAGAGGCGCCGCCGAAAGCGAAGAAGUGCCACAGCAGCAGAAGCAAAAGAAAAGCCACAAGAGUGUUGUAAAUAGUAGUGCUGUUGAGGUUUUUUUCAGUGUAAAUAGUGCAAAUAAUAAUACGCGUAAGUUAAAUUUAAUUCUGGGCAAACUCUUGCCCCAAAACAACAAGAAGGAGGAGCGCCGGAACGAGAGGGAGGUGCAGGAGGAGGAGCAGCAGGAGGAGCAGCAUCUUGUUGUUGGCACAAAUUUGCAAAAUAAAUUACCAGCAUCGAGUGCGGAUUGCCACUUAAGUCCCCAUACGCGUACGCGUACUCGUAGUCGUAGUCGUUGUCGUUGUCGUGCCCCUUGCGCCCCCCCUGGUGGCACAGCCACAGUCCAUUCUCCUCCCUUGGCCUGUUCCUGGCCUCAUCAUCAUCUGCAUCUGCAUCUGCAUCUGCAUCAUCGUUGUUGUCGUUGUCGUUGUUGUCGUUGUCGUCGCGACGCGUCGCACUCGACUGGCGGUGGUGUCGCCUCCGCGUCUGCGUCCCGCGUAUCGCCCGCGUCGUCUAUGCUCUUGCCAUAUCAAAUUAAUCAACGUGCUACAUUGUUGCAGCAGCAGCAGCGGCAGCAGGCAGCAUCAUCAACAACAACAUUGCCAUCACAUGUGCCCGUGCCCGGGCCCGGGGCAGCAACAACUCCUCUGCAGCCUCGUAUUUUUAAACGUGAUACAAUCCAAACAGCGACCACUGCAUCACCUUUGACACCGCAGCAGCAACUGCAACGUCUGCUUGCAACGGCAGCCUCCACAACAACCGCUGCCACACCUCGGCUCGAGUUCAUACUUUACACAGAAGUCUAUGAAGAGGACUCGAUCGCCGUUGCCCCAAGCGAUUCCGAAUCCAAAUCAAAGUCGAAAACACUCGUGGAGGAGGAGCAGGCGGAGGAGCUGCCGCUGGAUAGCGACACCUUUUGGCAGAAAUACGGUGAGUAGGUAAUCUAUAUGUUGCUACAAAUACAAUACAA